UAUGGAGGCCAGACUCACCAUGUCAAGGUGGGUCAGAAAACUCAACUCGAGAGCCCAUUACAAACUGAUGCUUGGUAGAAUCCCGAGAUUCAGGAGAAAGGGCCAUCACAGCAGGCUGCUUAUUGCCACCCCCAGGCAUGUUGUUGUGUGUAACUGAUGGAUGAUGCUCGGAACCAUGUCUGUUAGGCAGAUCGACAGAGAAACUAGAAGGGUUUAUAAUUCCAGCAUUAUGAUCUAAGCUUGCAUGAUGUUGACAGUUUAGGAACUGUGAGUGGAGCUUCAAAAUUGCUUCCUGAUCGUGAUGAUCGUAUGCUUUGUGGCAAUGCAAGAUGUAAAUGGGUCACAGAAGCUGGAACAUUGGAAGCAUCAAUCGAUCCAUGUUGCUGCUGCUUAUUUUCAAAAACCUUGUGGUUGUACUCCCGUAUCAUCCUUUCUUGUUCAGAUGGAUUCAGUGCCACAGAUUCAAUGUCGGCAUCACGAAGCAUCUCUUUCUCAUUGGGAUCAAUAUGUGUGCCCUCACACUAGCUGGCAUGCCAGUUCCUUUUGUCUCCUCCGUACUUCUCCAAAUUCAUUCGAACCAAUUCUUCGGGAACAACAACUUUUAAACUUUCACAUCUGAAGUUUGAACUCAAUCCAGUGACAGUAAUAAGAAAGUCACCUCUUUGGACACGGGAAUAUCCUGCAAGAUUAAACGACAGCAGUAAUAAUUAUGUACUAUAAAAGCCCAGCACCUACCGUCUCAAUUCCGAUGGCAUUCACUUUACUACCAUCAGUAUUGGCUGUUCCAGUCCACUUCACUGUGCCAUGAAUGAGGAUUUGAUCUUUGUUGUUAAUUACCACUCCGUCUCCCUUUUGAAAGCGAGAGCCACUGUUCUUAUGUCCUUCCAGUCCCAAUCAAGAUCGCACUGCAUCGGGUAAGAGGGUGGCUUUUGUGGUUGGAGCAGUCGGUGUUCUUGUUGGACGGAAGUUGGGUGUAGGUGCUAGCCUCUCCAGGGAUACAAACAUCCCACUAUUGUCGUCACAAAUGAAAAUUUGACGAUAUUGGAAGACGCCAUUGGUGGACCCUGACCCUCGAUACUUCUCAUUCUAGGGAAAGACGUACACUUACACAUUUACUAUGAUAUUAAUGACGUACAAAAAGAGAGAGUACAUUCAUGCAUAGAAUUAAUUUUGAGAUAUUUGACUGCAGUUUUCCACCCCCCACUUUAGUUUUUGAUUGCAAGCUUGCAUGCCCUCUCUCUUUUUGUAUGCCCUUGAUGAUAUCUAGACACAGUGAAUAAACGUACCGUGAUUUCUAUUCCAAAUUUUGUCCCCGUCUCUCCAGGUAGAGUUCCAAUCCACCUCACCACAGCUUGACAACCGGUGAUAGCAACGGUUUCUUUAUUUGGUAAUGCAACGUACACAGUGUCACCCACUUUCAAAUUUGAGCCCCAUUCAUGAUUGUCACUAAUAAACACAUCGUAUCAUGCUCCUAAUGUUGAUAUUCCACAGAGCAACUUACUCGUAGUUAGUGAGUGGGGCAAUGUCUUCUUCAGAGCAGUACAAGAUGUCUUCAUGUGCACACCGUAGUUGUGAGCUGGUUUCCCAUCAGCCCCAGAUGUGGCGUCUUUAGGUGAGAGGGCAACAAGAAGAGAUCCUCUAAGGACAGCUACAUCUCUCUUCUUCCUGAAUGCAAGUAGGGAUCCACUCUUGUUCCCCCGGGCAUCCUUCAGCAGGAGAGAACCGGGAAAAACGAGGUCUGGAGGGUUGGGGGAUACCAGUGUUCAGGAGGCCUGAUGUCAAGGGCAACCUCUAUGUUCAGUUCACCAUCCAAUUCCCUGACUCUGGUUUCCUGGAGGAGAGUCAACUAAAGGAGUUGGAGGGUCUCCUGCCUACACGACAUGAUCCACCAGCACUGGAGCCAGAGGCAGAAGAAGUGCAUGGAUAUGAUAGAGUGAGGGACGAAGAUUGGGCUGCUUUCAACAGUGACACUUCUUAGGAACUCUAUACUCACUGCUUUGAUCGUAUUUACGGACUGAUUUUUUGAACGUGGUUACUACUAUAAGUAAAAUUAAUGCAGGUCGCAGGAGUACAUAAAUGUACUCCUGGUAAAUGACAUUUGCCCAUAAUUAUAUCACUCAU